AUGUCGUACGGAGGUGGCUACUCUCGCGGUGGCGGCGGCGGCGGUGACUCCUACCGCUCUCGCGGAGGUGACAGCGGCUACUCUAACGGUGGCUCCGGUGGUGGUGGUUACAGCGGCGGCGGUGGUGGUUACGGCGGUGGCCGUGGAGGUGGUUACAGCGGUGGCGGCGGCUACGGUGGUGGUGGUGGUGGUGGUUACGGCGGCGGUGCUGCCGGUGGUGACCGCAUGAACAACCUCGGCGCCGGCCUGAAGACUCAGGACUGGGAUCCCAACACCAUGCCCAAGUUUGAGAAGUCAUUCUACAAGGAGCACCCCGAUGUCACUGCGCGCUCGGAGGAAGACAUUAUCGCCUUCCGCAAGGAGAAGGAGAUGGCUAUUCAGGGUACCAAUGUGCCCCGUCCCGUUGAAACCUUCGACGAGGCUGGUUUCCCCGCGUACGUUUUGUCUGAGGUCAAGGCUCAGGGCUUUGACGCUCCUACUGCUAUCCAGUCCCAGGGCUGGCCCAUGGCUCUGUCCGGACGCGAUGUCGUCGGUAUUGCCGAGACUGGUUCCGGCAAGACUCUGAGUUACUGUCUCCCCGCUAUUGUUCACAUCAACGCUCAGCCUCUCCUCGCCCCCGGCGAUGGACCCAUUGUUUUGGUCUUGGCUCCUACUCGUGAGUUGGCUGUCCAGAUUCAGGCUGAGAUUACCAAGUUCGGAAAGUCCUCCCGUAUUCGCAACACCUGUGUCUACGGUGGUGUCCCCAAGGGUCCUCAGAUUCGUGACCUCUCCCGCGGUGUUGAGGUUUGCAUUGCCACCCCCGGUCGCCUGAUUGAUAUGCUCGAGGCUGGCCGUACCAACCUUCGUCGCGUCACUUACCUCGUUCUUGACGAGGCUGAUCGUAUGCUUGAUAUGGGUUUCGAACCCCAGAUUCGCAAGAUCAUCGGCCAAAUUCGCCCUGAUCGUCAGACUUGCAUGUGGUCCGCUACCUGGCCCAAGGAUGUCCGUCAGCUCGCUUCUGAUUUCCUCAACGACUACAUUCAAGUCAACGUCGGCUCCACAGAUCUCUCCGCCAACCACCGCAUCACCCAGAUUGUCGAGGUCGUCUCGGACUUUGAGAAGCGUGACAAGAUGAUCAAGCAUCUUGAGAAGAUUAUGGAGGACCGCUCCAAUAAGUGCAUCAUUUUCACAGGUACCAAGCGUGUCGCAGAUGAGAUUACCCGAUUCCUCCGUCAGGACGGCUGGCCCGCGCUUUCCAUCCACGGUGACAAGCAGCAGAACGAGCGUGACUGGGUCUUGAACGAGUUCAAGCAAGGCAAAAGCCCCAUCAUGGUGGCCACCGACGUGGCCUCGCGUGGUAUUGGUAUGAACAAACUACACCCCUCCCCCCUCUUCCCCUCCCCCCUUCUUGUCCCCCCUUAA